AUGUCCGUCCAUGAGAAAUCCGCCCAUAUGGAUGACGAGCCCAGGAGCGUCGACCACAAGGUCGGUAGCGUCAGAGACGUCGACCAAGCUGCUCAAUUUCUUGCAGAAACCCAGCAUUACCCACCGCUCUCGGCGGCGCAGGAGAAAAGGCUGGUCCGCAAGAUAGACUGGAUCAUGAUACCCAUGGUGAGUCCGACCACGUACGACGUGACAACCAUGCCUUAUACCGACACCCGUCUUCAGCUUUUCCUUACCGCAACCCUUGGCGCAGUCGACAAGGUUUCGCUCAGCACUGCCGCCAUCUACGGACUGAGAACGGAUACGCACUUGGUUGGCCAGCAGUAUUCGUGGCUGGGUUCAAUCCUGUCUCUCGGGGCGCUGGCCGGCAUGUUCCCUGCCUCGUAUCUCAUGCAGAGGCUUCCUUCGGCAAAGUUUCUUUGCGGAUGCAGCCUGGGGUGGUCUGCAAUGGCGCUGCUCAUGGCCGCCUGCCACAACUGGAGCAGCCUCAUGGCUCUGAGGUUCCUGAUGGGUUGCUUCGAGGCCAUCAUCGUGCCCGGCAUUUCCCUGAUCGUUGCCGCCUUCUACAAAAAGGAGGAGCAGCCUCCCAGAAAUGCGCUGGUGUUUGCUGCCGCGAGCUCGGUCAUCAACGGGUUUUUGUCGUGGGCCGUUGGCCACAUUGACGGUGCCCUGGCAAUCUGGCGGUAUCUGUUCCUGAUUAUCGGCUCCAUCACAUUCGCGUGGUCUGUGUUCGUCAUGGUCGUUCUUCCUGCCAACCCGAUGGAGGCCAUUUUCUUGUCCAAGGAAGAAAAGUACCACGUGGUCAAGCGCGUGGCUGUGAACAAGACUGGCGUUGCGAGCAAAGAGUGGAAGUGGGGACAGGUGAAGGAAGCCUUCAUCGACCCCAAGACUUGGAUCAUCUUCUUCUUCAACAUUGCAAUCAACGUCCCGAACGGCGGGCUCACCACCUUCAACAGCAUCAUCAUCGCCAACCUUGGAUUUUCCUCGGUCGAGGCGUCGUUGCUCAGCAUGCCCACGGGUAUCAUGAGCACACUCUCGGCAUUCAUCUUCUCAUAUGCGGGGGCGAGGUGGGCCAAUCGACGCUGUCUUGUCACUGUAGCCGCCUGCAUUGUUCCGAUUGUGGGCACUGCCGUGGUGUACGCAGUACCCCGAGACAACAUAGGCGGACAAAUGGUCGGCAUCUAUCUCCUCUACACGUACUUUGGUCCGUACGUUGUCGGAAUCGGCCUCGCGCAAGCCAACACAGCCGGCAAUACGAAGAAGACGGUUGUGUUUGCAAUACUGUACAUCGGCUAUGCUGUGGGAAACCUGAUCGGACCGCAAACCUUCCGGUCUGAGCAGGCGCCCGCGUAUACCGGUGGGGUGGUGGCCAUGAUCGUCUGCUACUGCGCCUGCAUCGGCCUGAUCUGCUUGUACUGGGCGCUGUGCGCGGCUCAGAACAGACAGUCGGAAGGCGAGGGGAGCGUGUCGGAAUCGAGUGGAGAGACGAUCGAGUAUCUGCUUGAUCAGACCGACUUUGAGCAAAAGGGAUUCAAGUACACGACGUAG